CCAAAACUCCAGUUUCUCUCCAUUUUUAUCUUCUUCUUCUCUAAAAUAAACAUCAGAUCGGCGGUGGUAUCUUCGAACGGAUCGGCGGCUUCUACAUCAGGCGCUCUCACUUCCAAGCAUCAAACCCCAAGAUCUUGCAAAGUUCAUCCAAAACUCGUCAACUAAAUUGUUUUCUCUGGCAGCAGCUGCCCCAAGUCUUGAACCCGCUGCAACAAAUUAAUGCAAGUCCUCCGAAACUCUUUGAUUUGCCGGAAUUAGCUCAUCCCGAUUAACAAGGACUAUCAUGUAUAUGGCCUACGGAUGGCCGCAGGUGAUCCCUCUGGAGCCUGGUCUUUGCGGUCACUCUUCCCGCUUGGAUCGGAUCAUCUACCUCAAAGUCAUCAGCCGCCUUCUCCUCCUCGUCGCCCCAACUCACAUAGAGCUUUGGAGCUCAUCCCAGCACAAGGUUCGAUUGGGGAAGCACACUAGAAAUUUAGGGUCAAUCCAGACCGAGGGCGAGAAUUCUGAGGCAAUCUGGAGUCCCGACACGAAAACCAUUGCCAUUUUGACAUCUUUAUCGAUUCUUCACAUCUAUAAGGUACACUUUUCUGGAAAGAAACUGUUAGUUGGAGGUAAACAUUCCUCUGGACUCUUUCUGGCAACUAUAUCAUUGGUAAUUACUGAGAAGACACCUUUUGCUGAUAAGAAUUUGAUAACGAGCAAUUUUGUUUGUGACAACAAAAGCCUGCUUAUUGGACUCUCUGAUGGGUGCUUACAACUUGCUUCCUGGAAUGGGGAGUUCUCUGAUGCCUUCAAACCAUCUUACCAUCCUUCUGCCUAUCAAGGAGAUAGCAGAGGAGCAUCAUCCACUGAAAGCAAUGGCAAAAAUGCUGCUAUCAUCCAGCUGGGAUUUUCUUUAGCCCUGAGGAUGCUAUUUAUUUUGUAUUCUGAUGGUUGUAUAGCAUUAUGCUCAACAAGCAAAAAGGGUUUGAGGUUAGUCAAUUCAUUGAAAAUUGAAAGAUGGCUGAAUACCCCGGAUGCCUUAUGUGCUUCAGUGGCUUCAAAUCAACAUAUUCUUGCUAUUGGUUGUCGGAGAGGUGUCGUGGAGUUAUAUGACUUGAUAGAGGGUGUAUCACAUCUUCGUACAGUAUCUGUAUAUGACUGGGGGUAUUCAAUGGAGGAUACUGGUCCUGUCUCUUGUAUAGCUUGGACACCUGAUAAUUGUGCUUUUGCUGUUGGGUGGAAAUUUAGAGGGCUUGCUGUUUGGUCUGUUUCAGGAUGCCGUUUGAUGUGCACAAUUCGUCAAAUUGGAAUCAAUUCUGCGUCAUCUCCCAUUGUGAAAUCCAGCCAAGAUUUAAAAUUCGAACCUUUUUUGGGUGGCACUUCAGUGGUGCACUGGGAUGAGUAUGGAUACAAAUUGUACGCUGUUGAGGAGAGUUCAUCUGAGAGGAUUGUAGCAUUUUCCUUUGGUAAAUAUUGUCUAAAUAGAGGUCUUUCAGGCACAACAUAUGUUCGUCAGGUUAUAUAUGGUGAAGAUCGGGUUCUUUUAGUGCAGCCGGAUGAUACAGAUGAACUUAAAAUGUUACACCUGAACCUUCCAGUAUCAUAUGUCUCCCAAAAUUGGCCAGUUUCACAGGUUGUGGCUAGCAAAGACGGUAUGUAUUUGGCAGUUGCAGGUCAUCAUGGUCUUAUCCUGUAUGAUCUACGUAACAAGAAAUGGCGUGUCUUCGGAGAUGUUACACAGGAACAGAAGAUUGAAUGCAAAGGCUUGCUAUGGCUAGGCAAAAUUAUUGUAGUAUGCAACUACAAUGAAACUACCUAUUCGUAUGAACUGCUUUUCUUUCCAAGAUAUCAUCUUGAUCAAAGCUCCUUACUUUGUCGGAAAUCGCUACUUGGGAAACCAAUUGUUAUGGAUGUUUUCCAAGAUUAUAUACUUGUUACAUACUAUCCUUUUGAUGUUCACAUUUUUCAUGUGAAGAUCCUUGGAGACUUAUCACCUUCUACAAGUCCUGUUUUACAGCUUUCCACAGUACGUGAGCUAUCAAUCAUGAGUGCCAAGAGCAGUCCAGCAAUAAUGCGCUUCAUCCCAGAUCCAGCUGGUGAAGCAACAUUGACGAGUUCUCUAUCAUCUAAUUUUUUAAGCCAACAACCCGCUAGAUGCUUAAUAUUGCGGACAAAUGGAGAGCUUUCGUUACUUGAUCUAGAUGAUGGCCAUGAGCAUGUUCUCUCUAACUCAAUUGAGCUGUUCUGGGUUACAUGUGGUCAGUCUGAAGAGAAGGCAAAUCUUAUCGAGGAAGUAUCUUGGCUAGAUUAUGGUCACAGAGGCAUGGAGGUUUGGUAUCCUUCUCCUGGGGUUGAUCCUUUUAAGCAGGAGGAUUUCUUGCAGUUGGACCCUGAGCUCGAGUUUGAUCGUGAGGUUUAUCCUCUUGGACUUCUACCAAAUGCUGGGGUUGUAGUAGGUGUUUGUCAGAGGAUGUCUUUCUCAGCAUGCACUGAAUUUCCAUGCUUUGAGCCUUCUCCUCAAGCUCAAACCAUAUUGCAUUGUUUACUUAGGCAUCUUCUCCAGAGAGACAAGAAAGAAGAAGCUUUGAGAUUGGCAUGCUUAUCAGCUGAAAAGACUCAUUUUGCCCAUUGCUUGGAAUGGCUUUUGUUUACGGUUUUUGAUGCUGAAAUAUCAAGGCAAAGUGGAAGUAAGAACCAGUUUCCAGCAUCUGCGGUGCCUUCUAGUUUCUCACUUUUGGAGAAGGCAUGCGAUCUGAUUCGUAAUUUUCCUGAGUAUCUCGAUGUUGUUGUCAGUGUUGCUCGAAAAACAGAUGGCCGCCACUGGGCUGAUCUGUUCUCUUCCGCGGGAAGGUCAACCGAGUUAUUUGAAGAAUGCUUCCAGAGACGGUGGUAUAGAACUGCUGCUUGUUAUAUAUUGGUAAUUGCGAAGUUGGAAGGCCCUGCAGUGAGUCAGUACUGUGCCUUGCGGUUGUUACAAGCAACACUAGAUGAAUCACUGUAUGAGCUUGCUGGGGAGCUGGUGCGGUUCUUGCUGAGAUCUGGGAGAGACUAUGAAAAUGUUACUACAGAGUCAGACAAGUUGUCUCCUAGAUUUUUGGGUUAUUUUUUAUUCCGAUCUUCUUACAAGAGGCAAUCAUCUGAUUUGAAAAGCACUUCUUUCAAAGAACAAAGCGCACAUAUUACUUCUGUUAAGAAUAUUUUGGAGAACCAUGCUAGCUACUUGAUGUCUGUAAAGGAACUUUCAAAACUUGUUGCAUUUGUGAAGGGAACCCAAUUUGAUCUUGUGGAAUAUCUUCAACGGGAAAGAUUGGGAUCUGCACGUUUGGACAACUUUGCUUCUGGACUAGAAUUGAUUGGGCAAAAGCUCCAAAUGGGUACACUGCAGAGCCGAUUGGAUGCUGAGUUCCUUCUUGCACAUAUGUGCUCAGUCAGAUUCAAGGAAUGGAUUGUAGUUUUGGCAACUCUACUAAGGCGUGCAGAGGUACUAUUUGAUCUUUUCCGACAUGAUUUAAGACUAUGGAAGGCCUACAGUUCCACUCUCCAGUCUCAUCCUGCAUUUGAAGAGUACCUUGAUCUUCUCAGUGUACUCCAAGAGCAGCUUGCUUCUUCUGUUCCGGACUUAAACCGACAAAGAGAACUUGUACCAUCUUCCUCUAUUCAGCUGUGAUUUGCCUGGUUUGUUAAUUGAUUUUACAUGAUAUGUUUCCUCCCAUGACUGAUUUAAGGCUUCCAGGAAGAUGAUAUGUUUUCAGUUAGGUCCAGUUGAUGUACAGAACAACACUUUCAAGCAUCUCUUAGAUGUGGACCGUUUCUUUGAUUGGGGUCUUCAAGGUAUUUAUAACAUAUUUGGUGAAAAAGUUAUGUUUGUUUCUCUUUGUUACUUUGAAAUUAAUUACAUUAAAAUAAAUGCAACUAAAGAAGACAUUUUUCUCA